AUGACCACCAAAAAGCUCAUAGUCAUCAUCGGUGCAACAGGCGGCCAAGGAGGAUCAGUCGUCAACUCUUUUCUCAAUGAUCCAGAAUGGCACGUUCGUGGCAUCACUAGAAGCCCUUCGAGCCAAAAAUCAAAGAACCUCGAGACCCGCGGUGUCGAAGUAGUCCAAGCCGACUUGGACGACAGGGUCUCACUAGCCAAAGCCCUCCAAGACGCAAAUGCCAUAUUCGCAGUCAGCGACUUUUGGGGUAUCUACAACGAUCCAAAGAAUCAAAAUAAACCAAAGCCGGGACAGGCUCUCAACGAGUGGACAAAGGUACAAGAAACCCAGCAACUCAAGAAUAUCAUCGAUGAAGCUGCCAGAGUAUCAAGUCUGGAACGUUUCAUCAUGUCUUCACUUCCGGGGCCGUCGAAAUUAUCGGGUGGAAAGUACACAAAUGUCUGCCAUCACGACUCCAAAGCAGAUGCAGAAGAGUACGGUGAACAAAGCCAGCCAGAGCUUUGGGCUAAGACGAGUGUAUACCUCCCUGGAUACUUUCUCAGCAACUUCUUGACUCAUCCAAUGGCUCAGCCAACCAAGUUCGCAAACAACCUAGACCUCGAUGCCAAGGUUCCCCUGAUAUCACACGAUCAAGAUUCUGGUCCGUUCGUCAGAGCCCUAAUUCAAAACCCUCCGGGGAAAAGCGUCGUCGGAUAUCGUGCUUGGAUCACACCGCGGGAAUUCGUACGAAUAUUCAGUCAAGUCACGGGGUACAAGGCUGAAUCACUACAUAUACCACCCGGAGAGUUUUCUUUUGAUUGUAAAGAAGAGUUAAGGGCUGAAUUACAGGACAACUUUGCAUUCGCUAAUGAAAUUGGACUUCAUGGCGGUGAUGAUUCUCCUGCUGUUCAUCCCAACGAGCUGAACCCGCCUCCUCAACUUGGAAGCGUCGAAGAUUGGAUCAGAGAGCAAGACUGGCCCAAGGUUUAG